ACAUGAAACACCACCUAGCUUCUGUCUCUGAGCUGUCUCAGACCUUCUGCGGGCAUUUAAACGGGGGUGUGUGCGUGGGACCCCAGAAACCACCAUGUGCACCCUCGCCCGAGCAUCCAGACGCCGCAGGUGAUCCAGCGACAACAGCCCCAUGCCCUAAAGCCACAGCCACAGGGGAAACAAGCAAAAAGGGGAAGAAUCACUAUUCAAACACAUCGAUAUUUUGUCGUCGUCAACAGCAGAACUUCUCUAUCACAUCCUAUUUAAGCUUCCUGGGAAUAAACCACAAUGCCAUCCGCAACACCGCAUGUAUACUCUGCUACGCCACGGCCCUCGAAACGCCUCGUCAUCUUCUGCGACGGGACAUGGGUGGGCCGCGAGACCCAGGUCGCAGGCGCGCCCUUCAGCAACAUCCGACAACUUGCAAACAUGGUCGGGGAGGUGCAAUAUAGUAGCGAGUCGAGGGCGGAACCUGGGGAAGUGCAUACCAUCCGACCGCACGCUAGCGUCUCUUCAGAUGCGGCUUCUGCUACCGAUUCCUUGGCCGGCCUCGUCUCGGGCGCGGUGAACACCAGCUCCGUGGACGACCCCAGUGCAGUUGACUCCAGCGCUGUAGUCCCAAACUCCAACACCUCCGACACCAUCAUCGCGGGCUACCAGGAAGGCACAGGCCUCAACAGCAACUUCGUCGAGUACAUAUGGGACGGCGCCACCGCGUCGGCCCUGAGCACAGAAUGCAUCAACGUGUACAAGUUCAUCGUCACGCACUACACAUUAGACCAUGAGAUCUGGCUGUUCGGCUUCAGUCGCGGUUCCUUCACCGUGCGGUGCGUCGCGGGCAUGCUCAACAACUGCGGUAUCAUCCGCCGGCUGCCAUCCUACAGCGAGGCGGAAAUCGAUUCGUUGUGCUCCGAGGUCUUUAGAACAUACCGCAGUUCGAUUCCUAGUGAUGCGCCCCAGAGCCCGGAGUGCGUCGACCGCAGGAAAAACGCGGACCGCAUUUGGCAGGUUGCUCGCCCGAUUCGCUUCAUGGGUAUCAUUGAUACUGUGGGGUCGCUGGGUAUCCCGCGGCUCAGUGCGGGCGUCGGGUUCGACUGGGCGCCGUUUGAGUUCUUCGAUCUGCAUAUGUCCAGUGCCGUGCAGUACGUGUACCAUGCACCAGCGCUGCACGACCGGUUGUGGAUGUUCCAGCCGUGCCUCGUACUUCCGGGGUCUGGCGGCGAAGCAGCAGUCGUACGGCAGAAGUGGUUCCCCGGCACGCACUACGACGUCGGGCGGCAGACGUUUCGCUUCGUGAAGCAGAGCCCUGUGAAUUGGAUUGAGAAGGUACUGGGUCUGUUGCCGGAUCUGCUUUCGCAGACUGUCUUUCCAAACGAGGUGUUGUCUGAUACGGUGUUGCGCUGGAUUGUGCAGGGCAUCCAGACCGUCGAUGAAGACUCGCUGAAUCCUAUCAUUCCCACUGUGCCCGAGGAGAUUCAACGGCUGACAAACCGCAUUGCUGCGCCUGCUCCGAACACCACGGGCAGCGGCGACAUCUACGGUAACAUCCUCGAUUACGCGCCUGGCGGCAUUGUUGUCGACUUUGUACACCGCAUGUCCACAGCUGCCAUCUCGUUUUUGAAUGGCAUAUUUCCCCGCCUAGGGGACAACAUCCGCGACGCCCUCGGCAUCAAGACCAUCAUUGGCAUUCUGACAGCUACUGCGGAUCGCAGGAUCCCUGGGGUGAAGGCAGAUGUGUACGCAUAUACUGUCAAGGAAGCCGUGAUGGGUGGAAACCCGUCGGUGAAAGGUGUGGAGGCGUUUAGUGUGGAAGAACAAGCAAAGAUGGAGCGGGCCGAUGUGCGGGGACAAGGGAGGUACGCGAGUCGAACGUUGGAGAACUGGCUGCUUUGGAAGCGGGUCUUUGGGGGUGGCGACGACGAUGUAGUCUCGUAGGUAGUCGAAGCUUGACAAGAGGCGAUAUGGUGCGGAGAGUCGUGUCCGAUUAUCCCAGAAUUUCAUCCAAAGCCUCCCACAUACCACUUUGCAUUUCCGUUCUCCCCCGCGCUCCGCCCAGCAUAUUCUUCUCGCUCCCCUCGUCCACCCCCUCCCCGUCGACCUUCCCCAGUUCCCCAAAC